ACGGGAACAAAAUUGAUUGUCACCCUAGUUAUUUCAGGCACGGAAGUGAAACAUAAGAAAUCAAGGGGAAAAGUUCCAUACGCAAAUGUUGCUUGUCAACCUUCGUAAAAAUCCUGAGAGACUCAAUCUGAAAAAUUAAGUUUUCUACAUGAAUUCCUCCGUAUUUUCAUGACUAAGAUGUUUUAUUACAUACACACAGCUAAUAUGUCACCGCAGGGAAAAUUCACAGGCGUCCAUGGAAUUCUUUUCAGAUUAAGUGUGUAAUUCAGUUGUCACUUUGAUGGUUGUCACCAAUUUCAUUUAUAAGCUAGAAAUGUAAAUAUGAGCAUUUCAAACUUUUGCAGCUAUACAACGCAUGACAAUACAGGGUAUGGAUUGAGUUCAAUAUAUGGACAACUCAAAGUUUCUUUCAAAUGUUACAACAGCCAUCAGAACGUAAUAACAUUUGCUAAAAAGUGAAAUUUAGCUGAGAAAAUUCUGAAGCUUCCAUUUAGUCUUUUCAAACAAGGUUUUUCAAACAAGUGUCAUACAUGUAGCUUAGUGCACAGGGGCGUCACGUACUGUCCGCAUCAAGCACUGUUCAUAUCCAUAUUCCAAGAAGUUAUGUCCUAAGCUUAAACUCUGGUGGGAGAGUCUGUUAUGAAUGAUGGAAUCACAAUCAACUACCAUUAUUACCCCCUCAUGACCAUGACUAGUCUAAGGUUUGCAACUUUCAUACAUGUAGCCCGAGCUUCCUUUCGAUAUUUUAGGUCAAGUGCAGGAAUUUUCGACCCAGAGGAGAAUUCCACCAAGUGCUUUCAAAAACUACACAGCUAAUCGAAUUUCUUGCUCAUCUUAUGCCAUGGGGUCAAAUACCCCCACCUUUACCCGCUUAACAUGGAUCGUUGUGAAUACUCUAACAAGGCUCAGAACUUCUCUUUGAAGAAGGCAAUUCUUUCAUUAUCAGGGGCCUACCGUCCCCGCUCCAGUAACAACGCCACUGAUAAGGGUCACGAGAUGUGACACGUGACUCAGGCGGAUUCCACACUCGAUGUGCUGAUAUGCUAUAAAUGGCGAUAGCAUCCCCAUUCAUCGACCACAUUUUUAUCGGAUGAUUUUUCUCAGGCAAGAUUUCAGGACUCGCUGAAAAUAACCACCAAUUACUACACACCAAAUCUAUGCCAGUUACUUUAACAGAUCUGAAGUAGCACUUCCAGGCUUUCACUCAUACUGCAAGGGUUUGUCAGACAGCAAGCGUGAUGUUGCGAUGGAAUUGAUGGCUUAUCAGAACAAGAGGGGAGGUAGAGUCUGUCUUCAAGACAUCAAGUCUCCGGCUCAAGAGUUUUCCAAUGGCCAGAAGGCUCUGGAGGCAGCCCUGCAGCUGGAGAAGGAUGUUAACAAAUCCUGGCUGGAGCUCGAUGAAGUUGCUGGGAAUGCCAAAGAUGAACAAUUUGCUGCCUUUAUCGAUGACUAUCUCCAAGCACAGACUGAUCAAAUCAAAGAGUUGGGAGAUCACCUAGCCAACAGUAUCCGAGCUGGACCCAACCUGGGUGAAUAUAUCUUUGACAAGGAGUCGCUCUCCUCUUGAGACAUCUCUACCUUUGCUUAAAAUCUCUCUUUCUCGCUUCUGUUUCAGACACUUUAGCUUUUAGCACUCACCAUAGGGGGUUCUGUUAAUUUCAGUAGUAUGAUAGGAUCUGCAAAAUGUGUAUACUUCUAACCUUCCCUGAUCUUUCAAAAUCCACCACGAUUCUUUUAAAAGAGUUUACAAGAUGGAGAAGAGUCCAGGUACAGUUACUCACAUAGUACAGAUUUUGAUAGCUAUUUUAUCCUUUCUGUGUGGGGGCAUGGAACAGGUGGAGCCCAACUCAAGAAACCAAAUAAAUGAAAUCCAGAAAAAUUAUUCCUGUGAACACUGCAGAUCCAGGGUUGAUAACGUGAACAUAGAAUAUGCAUGCUGCUAUGCGCAUGCGUAUCAUGCACAUGUACGGUGCUCAGGAGCACUCUCUUAUGCAUACGUGCAGUACGCAUACAGUGCUAUGCCUACUUGAAUCAAUCCGCGCAGACCCAGUAGUGCGGGGACAGAAUAAAGAUUCCCCAAGAUUUUCAGGGAAAGUUGAGCAAAUGGACUGGACUGUGUUUAGGAUUCAGAUUCUCUGUGUUCAAUGCCUUCUCUUGGUAAAACUAUGCCAUUGCGCAUAGGCCAGGAAUUCAACUCAAAAUAGACCAGGCAGUGGACUGAUACUCAUGUGAGUUGGGGCUCCUUCAUCUAAGGCGUGCUGAAGUUAGUAAGAUUCUGCGUAUUUCUCUCAGCACACUACACCAAGAGGGCACUGGUGUGUUUACAGGUUUCAGAACCAAACAUGUGCCCUCUGGUUGCAUAAUGGGAGACUUUUGGAAGAUUAUGGAAGGUUUUAAGUGAAAAUUUGCUCAGGGAAUCAGGGUUAAGGGAGAAAAUAUCACACAGUGUGUUUGCGAAGCCAAAAAUGCUGCCCUCAGGAAGCUCAGAGCCAAAAACUUGAAACAAAUAACUAUUGUAAUGGCCAGUAAUAUUGUAUUCAGGUGUUUAUAUUGUCAUUGUUUUCACAAAGGGGCAAACAACGUCUAUGGUAUUGUUGGAGUUCGUUUGCUAUGCAGAAGCACAUCUGGACAAAUCCACGCCAAAUUGAAAACUUGUUAUUACAUUACCGAGCUCAGCAUUCCUUAGGAUUCAUAAAGAGAGGUUUUCUAAACAAAGAAACUGAAAAUAUCAGGUUGUUGCAUUGUUUUAUAUUUUCACAUCCAUUUUUCCCCUUUCCUUUGUUUGCAAAUUUUGAAUAACAGUGAGGUCGGUAAUGGAAUGACUCAUUUGUCACUUCUGUUGUGUAGAAAAUAUACUCUCCAAUAUUAGCAUGUGGAGUUUGCAACUUGGUUGAAAACACUGAGGACCUAUAAGUCACACUCAGUGAGUGAACAUUCCAUGAAGUCUUUCCCAGCCAACAGCCUUCAGGAAGCCUCAGGGAGACGUAAAUGUUAUUGAUAAACCUAAACGUUGAUUCAUAGUAAGAGUUCUCAGGGCCUGGACCUGUGUCCAUGUGAACAUUACAUCACUCACGGUGUUGUCGAGUCCUUCACAAGUCCUUUCACAAGUAUUUGGAUAAGGCCAGUCACUAUAACAGGGCAAACAUUUGAAUAGCUGCAGAGUUGACUUUAGACUGGAUGGUUUGAGAGGGACCAUUGUAAGUUAAUAUUGGCACUACCGGAUGCCAUAAAUUUCCAUAUUUGAUAUUUCUUGACUUGACAAGAGUUGCUGUUACCAAGAAUGUCGCAUAUGAGGAAAAUUGUAUAAAAAAGGAACCCAUGAAUUAUUUUGUAUGGAUACGUUGUACAUUAUAAUGUGUUGGCCAAUCACGAUGCACGAAAUCUGUCGGCCCUUUUCA